AUGAUCAGAACAACUAUAAAGAAUAUAAGGGGAAUACGGUUCCAGAGCACCAGUGUCAAGAUUGGCGAAAAAUUCAAAUCAAAACAAGAAUUAAACCAAUAUUUAUCAACUCCAUCAUGGAGUAUAAAUGAACUUCUAACCCCAUCAAAACAAUCUAAAAGAGCAGAUUCCAUAGAUUCUAAAACUGUGGAAAGAUUAUUAGAACUUUCAGGUCUAGAGGCCAAACCUGAGAAAUAUGAUGAAUUAAUUUCAAUUUUAAAAUCACAAGUUGUAUUCAUUGAUCAAUUACAUUCAAUACCUGAUUCUGAUAUUGAAUUUACAACAACUCAAUCAUCAUUAAAUAAAUUAACAUUACAAGAUAUUGAACAAAGUAUAGAGAACCAGAAACCAGAUGUUGCAAAAGGUGAAGUUCCAGAAAGUUGGGACCCAUUAAGUUUAGCUAAAGAAUCAUUAAAUGGGUUUUAUAUAGUGAGAGAAGGUUUAAUCAAGAAUAAAUAA